UGUCACGUGAUAAGAGGAUAUUUAAGCUCCUGGCGCGAGAGGAAGGUGACUCGAGAAAUAAAGAAGCAAAAACAACCUGAUCCCACUUUCGGAAGUUGCCAAAACUGUCUUGUCAAGAAAAUAUCCAUUAGGAAAAUGAAACCUGGGGAUAAAGCCUCUGAGAACAUAAAGCACUUUUUUGGUGGAUCCAUUCAAGGCAUGGGACCCACAAGGAAAACUCUGCAAGUCCUCCAGCAAGCUGCAGUCAAUAAGAACCAUGGCAGAGGAAUGCCGACGGGAAAGGUGGUUCACAAAAGAAAACAGUGGAACGCAGAACAAGUGAAGGGCUCAAAGAGGGUGAAGGCUGAAGUUGCUGUCAAAUCUAAAAACACAGAGAAUGGAGAUCUACCUGAUGGUGUUACCAAGGAGGCCUAUGAACUAAUGGUCAAAGUAACCCCUCCCUCCUCUUACUGGAAAGAGGUAGCCGAGGAGAGACGUAAAGCGCUCUACAGCGUUCUACAGGAAAAUGAGAAAUUGCACAAAGACAUUGAUGCCAAGGAUGAGCAGAUAGCCCACCUGAAGACUGAGAAUGAUGAGCUUCAGGAGCUGGCCCAGCAUGUACAACACAUGGCUGACAUGAUAGAGAGGUUAACUGGAAAGAGUCCGGAAAGUCUAGAUGACUUGCGAGAGAUCACCCUUGGUGCCGACGAGAAGGCGGAAGAUGAGUUGGAGGAGCUAGAUGACUCUGAUGACCUUGGUACCAGCAGUGAUUUCACACCCAGGGCAGAUGUCUUGGAUGAUGUCACAAAACAACAGGAAGAUGACUCCUCAGGAGAGGAUUGAGUGGCAGAACUUCAGUGCACGGGUGAAACUCAACUUUGGGAAAUGUCUGUGUUAUGGACUUACCAUUCUGGCAUUGAUGCCUGUAGUUGAUUUAUAUAUUUUCUCUGCUUAACAUCUCAAGAGAUACUUGUGCCUUACUUGCAUGAUUUUUACUUUGGUCAACCACAACAGCAUAUAAUGCGGCUAUGGAAAGGGAAGUUUCCCUGGUUGUUUUUAACUUUGCUGUUUUUAAAUGUAUUUGAUCAUUUACCAAACGUUGGCUUUCAUUAUAGUGCCGUUUUAGUGCACUCUGUGUACAUAGGCUUCAGGAAUGUUCUGUGAAAUAAACACCUUUUAUUUUA